CUGACGGGGCAUGUGUAUGUACUGAUGUGCUGCCUCAGCGCUGGACUAUAAGAGGCUUUGAGAGACGGGUUUAGGAGCUAGCAUGGAUUCCACUCUCUGACUCUCCAUCUUUCUCCAUCUGUUAUCGUGUCUCUUUCACUCUGUCUCUAAUUGUUUCAUUUACAUGUGACCAGACCUGUUGAUUAUCAGACGCUGAAAUGGAGGAUGUCAUUACUCAACAUCAGUAUGAAGCAGUCAUUACAACCUGUACAAAUAGGUAAAGAAGAGCACCUGAGGAGCCUAAAUAAAUAUUCAGUGCUGUGGACACAUGGAGCACGCGAUACAAGCCAAGAAUAGAUCAUUUCAGAGACGAGCCUGACAGAGCCACCCCUAGCCUCAGCUCAUUCACAUUUUCUUUUUCUACACUGUGGUUGUAAACAAAUCACUCUGCCUCCCCGGUUCAAAGACUUCCCAAGUCUCCCCUCCCAUCUGUGCCACAGGAACCCCACAGUGCCCCUCAGAGGGGAAAUGCCCAUCUUGCUUAAUGCCGACGCCUCCUUCAGCUCCAAGCAGGAGCUCCUGGACCUUCAGGAUUGCCCUCUCAGCGGGGGCCCCUGCGUGGACACCCCCAGCCCCCCAGAUUCUCAGACAGACAGCCCCAUAGGCUCAGGUCCCAGAAGCCUUGACAGCCCCGGAGCUGAUGGCCCUGUUCGGCCCCCCAUUUUUACUGGGGCUUCCACACUCCCGGGGCAGCUGUACGGGGUGGAAACAAGACCUCAUGCAGAGACUCCACUGGGGUUGAAGCUGAUCUCCACUGACUCAGAUCAGCUAUGCGGCUGGGGGGCUUUGACACCCAAAGCUAUCCAAGUUUUUAACACCCCUCGUUGGGUGCUGUUCUUCCUUUGUGUAGCCUCUUUUCUCCAGGGGAUGAUAAUCAACGGCUUCAUUAACACAGUAGUCACCUCCAUUGAGAGGCGGUUUGACCUGCGCAGCUAUCAGGCCGGCCUCAUUGCCAGCUCCUACGACAUCGCCGCCUGCGUCUGCCUGGCUUUCGUCAGCUACUUUGGAGGGACGGGACACAGACCUCGCUGGCUAGGAUGGGGCGUGCUGAUCAUGGCGCUCGGUUCUCUAGUGUUUGCCUUGCCUCACUUUACCACACCCCCCUACCAGGUCAGUCUGCCCGAGAGAACAGGAAUGUGCUCUGCCAACCGUACCAGCCCGUGCCAGGACAAGGAGGGUGGAGGAUUGUCAAGCUAUCGUUUUGUGUUCAUGCUGGGCCAGUUUCUACAUGGUGUGGGUGCUACACCUCUCUACACCUUAGGGGUCACAUACCUGGAUGAGAACGUCAAGUCCAACUAUGCGCCUGUUUAUAUUGGGAUUUUCUACACAGCAGCCAUUGUGGGUCCGGCAGCAGGCUACCUGCUGGGAGGAUACUUUCUCAACAUUUACACCGAGAUCCACCUGAUGACAGAGAUGACUCCAGAGAACCCUCUGUGGGUUGGGGCUUGGUGGAUCGGCUUCCUAGCAGGAGGAGCAGCAGCUCUGCUGGUAGCAUUCCCCAUCCUGGGCUACCCACGACAGCUUCCAGGCUCUCAGGAGUACGUGGCCAUGCGGGUGUCUGAGGCCCACCAGCUGAAGGAUGGAAGCCACACCACAGCCUCAGACCCUCAGUUUGGCAAAUCAGUCAAAGACAUGCCAAGGUCUGUGCUGCUCCUCUUAAAGAAUCCUACCUUCCUGUUCCUGUGCAUGGCUGGCGCUACUGAAGCCACCCUCAUCGCUGGCAUGUCCACCUUUGGCCCAAAGUUCUUGGAGUCACAGUUCAGUCUCAGUGCAUCAGAGGCUGCUACAUGGUUUGGAUACAUGGUGGUACCAGCAGGUGGCGGGGGCACCUUCCUGGGCGGCUAUAUCGUGAAGAGGCUGAACCUGCGCUGUCGAGGCAUUAUCCGUUUCUGCAUGAUGUGUGCGAUGGUCAGUCUGCUUGCCAUCUUCAUCUUUCUCCUCCACUGCCCCAAUGUGCCCAUGGCUGGUGUCACAGCACCGUACCAGUACGACCUGAUGGAGAAACACCAGCUGGACCAGUACAAAGAGCUGUAUGACAAGCCCAGCAAGCUGCGCCUUAGAAACAGCUCUUAUUUAGAGGAGAACCUGACAGUGGGCUGUAAUGCAGGCUGUAGUUGUGUCAGAGAGCUGUACAACCCGGUGUGCGGGGCAGACGGUGUGAUGUAUUACUCCCCCUGCCACGCUGGCUGCAGCUCCAUCAACCACACUGAACACUCCACAGGCAAACAGGUGUACACUGGAUGCAGCUGUGUCAUCGGGAACGUGUCCUGGGGCGAGGAGGGCUUUGCUCUGACAGGGAAAUGUGGCAGCUCCUGCCACCACAUGCCAGCCUUCCUCUCGUUCCUUUUCAUCAUCAUCUCCUUCACUUUCCUGUGUAGCAUCCCAGCACUCACCGCCACGCUCAGGUGUGUGCCGGACAGCCAGAGAUCCUUUGGACUAGGUAUUCAAUGGAUUGUGGUGCGCACACUUGGUGGUAUUCCAGGACCCAUAGCAUUCGGCUCUGUGAUUGACAUCUCCUGCUUACUGUGGCAGGAUAAGUGUGGAGAGCAGGGCUCCUGCUACCUCUAUCAGAACUCAGCCAUGAGCCAGUACACACUAGUAGCUGGUAUUAUGUAUAAGGUUAUGGGGACAAUCUUUUUCCUGUUAGCCAGCAUCCUGUACCAGCCUCCUCCUGAGUCACCUCAGAGCAGCUGUGAGAGCACCGACCACGGAGUAGGAGACAUGAGCGACCUGCCUGUCAAAGACCUGCCUGAAGAUGGCGUCAUUGUCAAUCUGCAUGCCAGGUUAUGACGUCAGCGACCCCCCGACUGCUGAGUCUCUGUCUGUCUGACUGUGUGUGUGUGUAGGUGCUGCUUAGCGCAGUGUGUGAAUGUGUGUUUGGGUGGUGAUGCGGGGGUGCUUCCUUUAUACCAACAGCCUUCUCUCAGCCAUAAUGACACCACCCUCUACGUACACAUGCAUGCAUGCAAACGCAUGCAAUCAUAUUAAUGUAAUACAGACACGUAAACUCAAAUGGAGGAUGCCUUCACACACACACACACACACACACACACACACACACACAACUUUCUAUAAUACAUGAUGAUUCUAACAUGCUGCUCUCGUGGAAGAAAAUCCUGCUGUGACUACGUGUGUAUAUCUGAGAGUAUGACUGAUAGGCUGGUGCCAGGCAAGUUUUUAUGUGCUAGGAAGCAUUUCUACAGAUAUCUCAACACUAUGUUGAAUCAGUUCAAAUGACUUUUUAGAAUGUAAGUCUGAUGACAUUUCUGUUUCAUAUUUUAUGUCAUUUUCCUUCAAAAGACAAUGAAGACCCAAGUGGUAUGUAUUUAUGUGCCAUGUGUAUGAAGCAUUUAUGAUGUGAAAAAUGGUAUUUAUGUCCAUGCUCUUUUUUUCUGUUCUUUGCCCAUUACUGGAAGAUAGUUACACUGCUGUACUUCCCACUCAGAGAUAAAGCCAUGGUCUUUUAUACAGUAUGAGACCUUCAGGACAGUAAUAACAAAGCCAAAUCAUUUCAUAUCAUAUGUCAUAUUUUAAGCCAAUAGUAUCUAAAGGCACUUAUAUUAAUAUAAUGUGAAUAUAUACUGGUCACAGUACAGCAGCACAAAUAUAUUUUCAAUUAGAAAAGCACAUGCAUAUUUUUGAUUGCUACUUGGACACAUACAGUAUACAAGAUAUUUAUGACCAGUAAUUGGCUUGCAUUAAAAGUAGUAAUACAGAGACGAAAACCACCACGUUGGUGAUCUUUGAAAUAGCUCUUAAUAUAAACAUUGUUCUGUUUGCCAGAGUUUAGUAGAACAAGCUUUGAUGUUUCUCUUCCAUAGAAAUUGCAUAGCUGCACUUUAAAAAGAAAAUAAAGGCGCUGAGAAGCUUGAAAAGUAUGUGUUGGCACAAUUAGGGCCUGGUCACAACAGCUUUUUAAAUGGAGUAGGCAUAGCUGCAACUGAAGCAGGUUCAUGACCCACCCAACAUACCCUUUUAUGCCUCCGCGCCGGUGAUAGCUGUGGCUGUUGUCCAUCAGUCCAUAUGUCAGUAUGUCCAUCUGUCCCAUUUUUGUGAGCCCUCACAAGCCUAUCACACAAACGUCUUGAGGGGAUCUCUUUAAAUUUGGCACAAAUGUCCACUUGGACUCAACAGUGAACUGAUUAGAUUUUGGUGGUCAAGGUGUCUGUGACCUUGCAGCUGUCUCAUUCUCAUGAACCCAAUAUCUCAAGAACACCUUGAAGGAGUUUCCUCAAAUUUGGUGCAAACGGCCGUUUGGACUCAAGAAUGAACUGAUCAGAAUUUGGGGGUCAAAGGUCAAGGUCACUGUAAUCUCACAAAACAUGUUUUUGGUCAUAACUCAAGAAUUCAUAAAAUAAUUAUGACAAAACGUCACACAGAUGUCUAGUUGAAUAUAAUGUUAAAGUGAUGACUUAGAUCCAAAAGGAUAUUUUCACUGUGACAUCAUAAUGUUCUGCAGAAACACUUCUCUGGCCAUUACUCGAUGGAUGUAAACAGUAACUUGCCUGGUUUACCAAGGCAUACAAGGUUGUUGUUUUUUUUGGUGGUGGUGAUUUAUUUUAUUUUUUUGCACUUUUGCGUUUAUUUGAGAGAUGACAGUGGAGAAGCAGACUGAAAACAGGGAAAGAGAGGGAACACAAGCAGCAAAGGUCCCAAGGCUAUAAUUGUGCCUGAGAUGUUGCAGUUACAUGGCGUGCACUGUAACCACUCAGCUACCAGCGCUCCACUCGCCCACCAUACCUACAUGUCAGUUCAUGCACAGGCCUCUUUGCUCCUUGGUCUGAAUGCACAAACCCUGAAGAAAAUGCUAAGUUAGCAUUUCACAGCUAGCUAUAAAGUAGUAGGUUAAAAGAAAGGCUGUUAAGGUUAGGGUAAGGGUAAUGGUUACAUCUCGUUACUCAUACGGUGAAUCACGUCUUCUUGUAUGAUUAAUUAUAAAGUGGAUUAUUGCUGUGUUUUAUUUGUUCACUACAACAUCGAUGAGUUUGUCUUGUACUAGUGGUGGGUGUGGUUUGUAUGGACAUGUCAUGGAAUAUGUCCACAGAUCAACAUGUUGCUUUCAAAUGGCAAAAAUGUUGCAAUAUAAUGAAUUGUUACACUGCGAAGUAAACCAGCGCACAUAUUUUGCUCCACUUUGGGGAACUCUGCCAUGUAAAUUUGCGCCAUGACUAGUCUGAGUGGGCGGAAGUUCGCUGCAUAGAUCAGCCUCUCAUUGGGUGGAACGAGCCACCCGCUGAAGUCCCGCCAUACCACCUCCGGUUGUGUAGCAGUUUUCAACCGUUUUCAACACGUCCUUUACUACCUUUUGCGGUGUUUGAUCUUGCGGGGAUGUAGCCAUUUUUCUGCCAUGGUUCACGUCCUGUAGGUGAUAUUUUUGUGGGCGUGUUACACCAAUAUUUUUGCAAGCACCGUUGCUGUGGCACGCCCAGAACGAUUGUGAUUGGUUGAAAGAAAUACAAGCAGCCAGGGCAUUUUUUUUUCUCCAGUCUUAAAGUUGGCGCAGCCAGACCUUUCUUUUCUUGAGAAAGGUCUGGUGAGCGAGACUAUGCCAUGACUAACCGAAGCUGUCUCUGCAGUGGUGACUAUAGAUGGAACAGAGAAAGUCCAAAGUGGCUGAAGCUAACUUAGCUUAUUAACCAUGUUAAGCUAACAGCUUUUAUAAAGAACCAAAGUACAAAACCUCUUUCAAAAAUCCCAUUGACAUUUAUAAUGACACAAAUAACUAAAAAUCUAGCCAUGAAAGAUCUGCACUUAUUUGCCUUGCCUUGCUGUGCUGCUAUCUACUCAUCACAAUUAUUCAUUAAGUGACAAAAUGUACACAUUUGAAAUGCUGGAGUGACCAUGCCUUUAAGAUGGAUAUUAUGAGAGGUAGCUUAUGAGUUGGAGCUGCCCAGGACAAUGCACAAUUGGCUGAACAUGCAGUUUAACAAAUCAGCAUCGUUAUUUGGAACUAAUUAUCACCUACUUAUUACAAAUGUGCAAAUGUGCCAAAGCAGUUUUGCCUAACAACUCUUGUGUUUUAUUUUUUAUCAUUGACCUUAUUUAUGCAAAUUAUUAAUUUAUAAAAUUUCAGCUUUUUUUUUUUUUUUUUUUUUUUUUGCAUUCACUGUGAUGAUAAAAGGAAUGCUGCCCUGGCUCUCCUCCUGCCACCCUUUGUCCAAUGAAACUCCUCUCCUUGUCUUUAUUAUUUAUGUGACGUGAAACACAAGUUGACAAUCUGCUAUAUGUUGCCUGUGUUGUUGUCAUGUACUUUGCUCAUGUAAGAAUUGACCUUAAAGGGAUAGUUCACCCCCAUAUCAUAAUACAUACAUUUCCUCUUACUUGUAGUGUUAUUUACUGAACUAUGUCUGCCAACUAUAUCACUUCACAGAAGGAAGCAUCUACUCAUGGACGAGAGGCUGGUGCUUGUGAGAUGUAAAUAAUGGUAUCCUCCUCAACUGAGCUAUAAUUCACAACUCACAACAAACUGCAAUCUAGAUUAAUAAAUAGCACUGCAGGUAAGAGGAAAAAUAUGUAUUUGUGAUUUUGGAGUUGAACUGCCCCUUUAACACCCUCCAGCUAAUGUUGACGAGUUUAAUCUCCAUGUGAAUGUGUAAAUGCAGUCCUCCUAAGUGUGCUUUCAAUCAGUGCUGAGCUUUGAGGAACCACUCUGUAAAUUGAUUUAUAUUCCUUUUUUAUUUUGUUUUUUGGUACUGUAUGAUUUUUUAAAAAAAAGCAGUGGACUUGAAAUCAAUGAUCUUUUUAUGGAAUGAUUCAAAGAUGUCAAGUGUUUUCUAAUUACAAUAGCUAAACAGUG